AUGGCUGUUUUGUUGGAUCGUGAAACUGGCAAACGGCUACGUGAUCCUGCUUCAACAGUGAAGGGUCUUGUCUCGACAAGAAAGAUCAACGUGGAAGCAGAACUUCUACAAUCGGGUACCGCUCAAGUCGAUACAGAAAUUACACAAGCACUCGAUAAAUGGAUUGAGAGAUUGAAUUUUUUAGAGAAAGAGAAGUUGGACGCCAGCAAAAGUCAACAAGAAAUCAAUAAAGAAAUGGCAGAAGCGGAACAACGACGUUCCAAUUUACUCGUAGCUCAAGGUGCUAAAAGACAAAUGGUCGAUGAAGAGGGGAAAGGGAAUACAAUUCAACAAAUACGUACCAAGAAAUCCAAAGGUACACAAAGAACGGAAAUGCUGGAAAAAGAAAUAGAAGCGGGACAUGAAGAUACAGAAAAGUUGGUUAACGCAGUCAUGAAUAUGGGAAACCAAAUGGCGGGAGCAAUUCAAGAUUUGGCCAACCGGCCCCAAGUGGGGAAGGUAGAGACCGAAGCGUUAGAGAAUAGAUUGAGUUUGUUGGAAGCCCAGAACCGAAACAGUAGAGGGAAACAGCAGAGGGAAACAGACUCCGGAAACGAAACGGUGCAACGAAACGGCGGGACGAAACGGCGGGACGAAACGAUUCAGCGAAACGGUCCGAGGAAACGAAACGGCGGUGAGAAACCAAACAGUAGUGGUGAUGCCAAACAGGUAUAUGCUUUGCCUGAAGCAGCAGGAGCAGCAGGAGCAGUAGCAGCAGAAGAAACGAAACGAAACGGCGAUGCGAAACGAGACUGCACUGGUGAUGAUGGAAAGGUUGUGAACUUUGAUGGCGAUAGCUUAAAGCUUGUGAAUAACUUAAAGCUUGUGAAUAACUUGAGGGAUCUAUGA